CGCGGCUUCCUGGGGCAAGGGAAGAAGAGAUUUUCCACAGGUCAAGAAGAGAUAGGAAGGGAAAGCCGAAAUGUUUCCACCCUUUGAUUGCCCCAGUUGCUUCAUAAACCUUAGAAACCCGGGCCUGUAGCGCGGAGGAACGCCUCGCUUCUUGCUUCCACUUUCACCCACUCGCUCGUUUCGUCUCUUGCUUCUCGUUCCCUAUCCCGACACACCGAAGACAGAAACAUAGCCGCCCUACCAUGGCGCUCACAUACCAGCAGUCCAAGCUGGUCAAGGACACCAUCCCGGCUCUCCGGGAGCGCGGCGAGCAGAUCACAACAACAUUCUACCGGAACAUGCUGCGGGACCACCCAGAGCUCAACAAUGUCUUCAACAGCGUCAACCAGAAAAACGGACGGCAACCACGGGCCCUGACGUCGGUCAUCCUCAACUUCGCGUCCAACAUCAACCACAUCAGCGAGCUGAUCCCCAAGUUCGAGCGCAUGUGUAACAAGCACUGCUCGCUCGGCAUCCGAGCCGAACACUACGAGAUCGUCGGCAAGUACCUGCUCAGGGCCUUCGGCGAGGUGCUGGGCGCCGCCAUGACGCCGGCCGUAUUCGCCGCCUGGGAGAAGGCGUAUUGGCUGCUGGCCAAGAUGUUGAUCGGGCGCGAGUCGCAGCUGUACAAGGAUUUCGGUACGUGGACGGGGUGGCGCCAGUUCAAGAUCGACAGGGUGGUGCCCGAGUCGGAGGACAUAUACUCGUUCUACCUGGUGCCGCAGGACGGCAAGAAGCUUCCCAAGUUCUUCCCGGGCCAGUACGUGUCGCUACGGCUCCCCAGCCCGGACGGCUUCAUGCAGGCACGACAGUACUCGCUCAGCGAGGCCUGGCGGGAGGACUACUACCGCGUCAGCGUCAAACGGGACGAGGGCGCGCGCUACAAGAACUCGGUUUCCACAUCGUACUUCCACCCGGGACUCGUGUCCAACAUGCUCAUCGACCACAUGCCCGCCGGCGCAACAGUCGAGCUGUCCCACCCGGCCGGCGAGUUCUUCCUCGACGUCAACAACACGGGCAACACACCGCUCGUGCUGAUCUCGGCCGGCGUGGGUGUCACGCCCAUGGUCGCCAUCGCCGACACCGUCACCAAGACGCAGCCUGGACGGCCCAUUUCGUGGAUCCACGGUUCCCGGAGGAGCGUGCCCUUCGAGCAGCACAUCAUGCAGCUGAAACGGGACAAUCCCAACUUUCGCACCAACAUCUUCAAGACACAGCUGGCCAGCUGCGACGUCGUUGGCGUGACGUACAACUACGACUUCCGCAUGGACCUCGCCAAGGUCGACCCGGAGGACCUGUACCUGCAAAACGGCGGGACCGAGUAUUACAUUUGCGGUCCGGAGCAAUUCAUGCUCGAGAUGAAGGACUACCUCAAGGCGCAGGGUAUCGGGGCGUCGCGCGUCAAGUUCGAGCUCUUCUCCACCGGGGACUUGGCCUUCAAAUACCAGUGAAGGAAGCUUCCGAGAAAAUGAGCCUUGAUGUUUGAGUCCUAAUCGCGGCUGUCACACAUAGACUUCGAUACCCCGGGGCUGGUUCUUCUUGUGAGUCAGGCUGGCUGGCGUAUGGUUAACGAGACUAUGAAACAUUUAGAUUUUGAAGAGAGGCAAUGCCAAAAAAAAAAGCAUCGUCAGCGAUGCCGGUUUUGCAACAUCACUAGAAGAUCCAGGAGAGAAAGACAGGAAU